AUGCCGCGUCAGCCGAAGAAAGCCUCUCCGGUGAACAACGGCUUGAGCGGCGAUGUCAAGGGUCAUCAGUCCGAGCCGGCGACGCCGAAACCGCUGAUCAAGGAGGUGGGAGGUCCUUUUGCGGAUGACACGCGUAUCUCCCUCGUGAAGAAGUUGGCCGCGUUGAAGUUUCUUAACCCGGAUGUGCCUGCUGCGGGAGGGUCUAACAACGCGAAGGAAGGAGAGGACAACGAGAAUGAGGUGACGCCGCCGGUGCCUGAUCCGAAGGCUCCUGCAGAAGUGGAGGAAGAAGAAGAAGAAGAAGAAGAAGAAGAAGAAGAAGAAAAAGAAGAAGAAGAAGAAGAAGAAGAAGAAGAAGAAGAAGAAGAAGAAGAAGAAGAAGAAGAAGAAGAAGAAGAAGAAGAAGAAGAAGAAGAAGAAGAAGAAGAAGAAGAAGAAGAAGAAGAAGAAGAAGAAGAAGAAGAAGAAGAAGAAGAAGAAGAAGAAGAAGAAGAAGAGGAUGAUGGGUACCUCAGUGAUGAUCCGGAGGAACCGCUUGAUCCGGUGAAGGCCGGGGAGAUCGCUGCUCGCGCGGGGUUUUUGAUUAUGCUGCUGAUCCCGGUCAAGUACGAAGAGGAGGUUCCGAGGACGAUUGACACGGUUAAGGGUCUUCUGGGGCUUUGGCGGAAGUUCAUGUCAGCGCACGUUCUUACGACAACGAAGUGCCAGGUGCUCCUGCCUAUAUACCUGUCGAAGAAGCGGUAUGGGAGGAUGCAGGUGACCUUCAUGCAGGUGACCUUCCAGCAGGCGACGGACGCCAAAUACGUGUGGUGUCGCAGGAUCGAGCACAAGAUGUUAAAUGACAAGAGCAUUUUCCUGGACUGGCAGCAUCCGGAGAACCCGGCGUACAUCUACGAGCGUGCGACAAACCUGGAUUCGAUUGAGGUGUUGCUGAAGAGUGUUCCGGCUGCAAUCACGCCGGAGAUGGUUUAUGAGUACCUGGUGAAGACGGAGCUGGAGAAGCGCGACAGGACCCCGUUCCUUAGUGGUGCUGCUUUCCAUCGGGUUGUGGAUCCUAUGACGGCUGCAUCCCUGUCGCUCGAUGCGCGGCUGAAGAAGAUACUGCGCGACCCUGCUGUGGUGUUGGUGUCAACUGGGGAAAGCCGGGAGGAUUGGAUCUUCGUCAAGGCGCAUGGCACCAGUUUCAUCCAGGCGGAGGCUCAUGUGAAGUCUGUGCACCACUGCACCGCUCUCCUGAAGGGGGGGGCUGCCAGCCGUGUGAGCAAGGGGAAGAUGAAGUUUAUCAUCGUUCGCUAG